AUGCGUCUCUCAAUAGCUGCAGCUGCAGCUUGUCUAGCAUCUGCGCAUGCGUUCAAAGAUACCUCACCAUUCCUUCUGUUCGCGUCUUCUCAGUUGCCAUCCGCGCUGCAAAAUCAACAGAGUCAGCAGCUACAAUCCGCUUCCAAUGUCCUAAAUACCGCGAAGAAGAUCUUGGGGAAAUGUGACCAGGAUAUCUACUACUUUGUCCACCAACUUGAUGUCAACGCCGCCCAGCUCUCGAGCAAUGCUCCACCACACUUGACGAAAGCGCUUUCAGAUUCUGAUGCCAGGGGGAGAUAUUCUGUCUCGGAAGUCAUCGACUUUGAUAGGGAACAUUUUGAUCAACUGGUCGAUUACGUGGAGACUCAGUGCAAGGCAACCGCUGUGGGCCAGAACCCCUCCGGCAUCCACUCCGCAUUGGAGAGUCGUGAAGACAACUCGCCCCUCUACGCCAAAUGGAAUUUUGGCGCACUGCCCAAGCUUGCAUCUGAACGCAAGACAGAACUGGCGAAUAAUGAUGCCGAAUUAAACACAUACCUCAAAGAUUUGCCAAAAGACUAUAAAUACACUGUCAUCUACACUACUAGCCCACCAUCUACUUCUGUGCAUGAUGACCUUGUCUACGAGCCAGCCUUCGACGAAGCUGUGCACAUGGACCUAAAGCGGCAACUACUAGGGAGGGAAGGUGAGGGCGCGAGCCCAAGGGAUACACGACCCCUCUUCGAGAAAUACCAGUUCUUCACUCCAGGCCUCUUUAUGGGCAUCCUCGUCUCGUUGCUUCUACUUUCGAUUUUGGGCGUAGGUAUCAGCGCGAUAUCCAGUCUCCAGGUAUCCUACAAAGCAUUCGAUAAGGAGAAUGGCCCGGCUGCACAGAAGAAGCAGCAGUGA